GCCUGAAAUCGUUGUAAUUUUACUCGGUUACUAAGCGCUUGGUUGUCAAGUCCUAACGCCCGACAGCCAUUUUUAGCAUUAAGCAAAUGGUGAUGAGCCUGCGAGUGUCGGAGCUGCAGGUGCUGCUGGGAUACGCUGGGCGCAACAAACACGGACGCAAACACGAGCUUCUGACCAAGGCGCUGCACCUGCUGAAGGCCGGCUGCAGCCCCGCCGUGCACAUGAAGGUCAAAGAGCUCUACCGACGACGCUUCCCAGCCAAAAUGGUGUCCCAUUCAGAGCUGGCCAUGCCCGGGCCGCACCACCCGGCCUCAGCUGGCGUGGUGGGAGGGGGGGGCGCCGCACUACCCUCCGGCCUGACACAGCUGGCGUACGAGGGUCAUGGCGGAGCCCCGUCGCCCGCUGCCUUACUGCCCCUCUCGCUGCUGGGCCCCGGGAAGCACGAGCUGACGGGGCUGACGCACCACCUGUCCGGCUCCACGCUGCACCCGGUCCACCCGGACGUGAAGCUGCAGAGGCUGCCCUUCUACGACCUGCUGGACGAGCUCAUCAAGCCCACCAGUCUAGCGUCAGACAACAGCCAGCGAUUUCAGGAGACGUGUUUCGCCUUUGCAUUAACGCCACAACAAGUCCAGCAGAUCAGCAGCUCGAUGGACAUCUCGGGGACCACAUGUGAUUUCUCAGUUCAAGUUCAGUUGCGGUUUUGCCUGUCGGAGACGAGCUGUCCUCAGGAAGACCAUUUUCCACCCAAUCUGUGUGUGAAAGUCAACGGGAAGCCAUGUAACCUUCCGGGUUAUCUUCCUCCAACCAAAAACGGCGUAGAGCCCAAGCGGCCGAGCCGGCCCAACAACAUUACCUCUCUGGUCAGACUGUCCACCACUGUGCCCAACACCAUCGUGGUGUCGUGGACCGCUGAGAUCGGAAGGAGUUACUCCAUGGCAGUUUACUUGGUGAAGCAGCAGUCGUCCACAGUGUUGCUACAGAGACUACGGGCCAAAGGCAUCAGGAACCCCGACCACUCCAGAGCUCUCAUCAAAGAGAAGCUCACAGCAGACCCAGACAGUGAAAUAGCCACGACCAGCCUUCGCGUGUCGCUGCUCUGCCCGCUGGGGAAGAUGCGGCUGAUGAUCCCAUGCCGGGCGCUGACAUGCUCCCACCUGCAGUGCUUUGACGCCACACUGUACAUCCAGAUGAACGAGAAGAAGCCCACCUGGGUGUGUCCUGUCUGCGACAAGAAGGCUCCUUACGAACACCUCAUCAUCGACGGGCUUUUCGUGGAGAUCCUCAACAGCUGCAUGGACUGUGAUGAGAUCCAGUUCAAGGAGGAUGGCAGCUGGGCCCCCAUGAGGUCUAAGAGGGAAGUGCAGGAGGUCUCCUCUGCUUCCUAUAGCAACGGGCUGGAUGGUUCAUGUCGGACGUCUGCAGGCUCGGACCAGCGGGGCUCGUCCAACAGCCACGGUGACAGCAGCAAUAGACAGAAGGUGGAGGUGAUCGACUUGACGCUGGACAGCUCCUCAGAAGACGAGAGCCAGGAUUCACCGCCUUCGCCACCGCCGCCACUGCCUCCUCCGCCCAAAAGACCGUGUCCCUCCAUGUCCCCGCCCUCUCCGCCACACAACAAAGGGGUGUUGAACCUGCACCACCAGGCCUCUCCUGUCAGCUGCACUCCCAACAUGCCUGCCAUGGACACCAGCUACAUCCCUCCUGUCCCCCCCCUCAUUCAGGACUACAGACCGUACUACCACACCCCCAACGACCUGUCAGAGUUGAGCUUCUUCUCGUUUCUUCAAGGUGACAAUCAUCAGCAUUACAACAUGGUGAUGGCUGCCGCGGCCGCAGCUUCAGCCUCAGACGACCACGAGCUGCUUCUCAACCGCUUCCUGCCCUACAGCACCUCCUCCUCCUCCUCACAGCUGUUCCUCGACCAAUCAGGAGGCUCCUCAGCCCCCUCACUGACCGUGCCCACCAACGGGGCGAGCAGCUCGGGCAGCACCAGCAGUCUGGUGUCGUCCAGCAGCCUCCGCGACACACACUCCACACACUCGUCUUCACACUCUUCACACUCCUCACACACACACCCCGUGGUGGUGGCCACCCGGAGCAGCGCAGAGGCGGCAGUGGCAGCAAUUUACGGCGGGAUACCUGACGUUAUAUCGUUGGACUGACUGGAGAGCAGUCAGAACUACACUUUGGGUCCAGCUGAGAUCCAGUAACACACUUUUUUUGACUACAGGGUGAAGUUUUGAUCCAGAAAGUUGUCUGGCGCCAAGUCAUCACACUUUGUGGAGUCCUAAUGAGGAGACUGCCUCAACGAGGGCACUAAUAUUAUAUAUUAUAUAUUAUAUAAUAUUAACAGAGGGUUCUCUUCACUAGACAGAGCGGUGGACUUCUGUUUGUGUACUGACUUCAGAUCAGGAACCUGUCCAGCAUGUUUAUGGUACCAACGCGGCACAAACAGCAAAGACUCUACUUGAGCAAAUCACACGAAGGACAAAUGCUCUUUUCUACAAAAGCGUGGAGUUAGCACCGUGUACAGAGAACAAAUAUAUUUUCCUCUUUUACUUUUGUAUGUUCUAUCGGAAAAUGUUCAGUCAAGUGAGCUGCUUCAAUUGCUGUUUUUAAUUAGAGGACUGAGGUUGCAUUUCCCUUUUUUCUCACAAAAGCUUUUACAUAACGCCUGUUGCCAUGUGGUCGUCUUUUGCUUCUCUUUUUGUCCUGCUUACAUUUAGCUUUAUUUGCAUUUCUACAAUAUGAACUUAAGUUCUCUCAUUCUUAACUGAUCGAGCUCCAUUUUAAAAUGAUGCUUUGUUCUUUCUCUGUCCAAUAACAAGAACACUGAAGUUACAGUUUUUAUUCAUGUGCUAAUACUUUUAUUAUAUUUUAAGUUAUGUAUGAUAUUUAAACCGUUAUAAAUAUAUAGUAUAUAUAUAUAUAUAUGCAUUCCCUUUGACCUUCAGGUUAAUGCUGUAGGAAGUGAGUAGUAGUAGAAAUCACUCCUUGAUUUCCAAAUCCUCACAAAGACUCUGCCGGCAAACAGCAUUUAGAAAUGGAGACUUUUAAACUAUUUAUACUUGCAGAUUUAGAGUUUUGAGCUGGAAGAGUUUCUUUUCUUUUUCUUUUCUUUUUGCACAAUGCCAAAAACAAGAUAAAGUACCUGAUGAAAAUGAUCAUAAUAUUCAGAGUGCAGUUGAAUCUGUGUGCCACAGUGUUCUCCGUCCAAGUGUCCACUUCUUCGGUUUCAGCUGAUGGUUAUUUAGACAUCUCUGUUCAUGUAUGUCUUGUCUUCUUAGUUUCAUCCUUCUUUUGCUUGACUGUUAAAAAAGGUAUUACAAUGAAGGCCGAGCUGUUGUAGCAGCACAGUCCUUCUGAAGAGACGGCGUCCAUGGCAUGUGACCAAGUUUAAACUAGUGCCUGUUUGUGUGCAUGCUUCACAGCGCGGUGGGGAUGUUUUGGGUUUCCAAACUCAAAAGAAUGUCUUUAAUGCUCGCCCACCACCUCUGUCCCAUCUCUGUCGAAGCUUUUUGUGGAGAUUCGUGAUAUCUUUGACAGCCUAGGCGUUAUAUAGGGAGUUAUCUUUGGGAAACUGCUCUUGGAAAAGCAUGGAAGAGUGCCACAGUGAAAGAUGUCAACAUGCCAACGUAUACACUGGGCACAAAGCCAGCUGGUUUAAAAAUACAUGACCUAAACCGUACGAGCACUUUGUGUACGAUGUGGAAGUGUCAAAGUGAGGUGGAGUACCUCCAUUCAGCUGGGGACACAGUUUGCUCAUGAAUGUAUUGUGUAAUUGUAAGAGGGGACACACUUUAGGUGUUUGCUUCCAUUUCGGCUUUUAGCAGAUGUUAUCAAGGUGACAUUAGCAGUGACACACACAGUACACCUGGCGCCCCCGCCCAGUCAGCCCACUCCUCCUCCUGUGCAUCCUGUAACGUUCCCCUCUCAUCAGCCUCUCCUCGAUGUUCCACUUUUCAGACGUCCGAGACAAGCAGCUCACUUCGGAAACAAAUUAUCACCAGGGGAUAAUCCCUUCUGACAGCGGCCCCCCAUCCCCUGUCCCGUCCUUCAGCUUCUCACUGAGAUGAUGACCCAGAGUGACCCCCCCCCCCCCCCC